AUGCUGAAUCUGAUAAGUUCAGUUUUAGGGACACCAGUAAUGAUUGAACCGAAGUUUAAUGGGGAAGGAAUUGACUACAACGAAACACCAUCUGAAAAUCUUGUUCAGCAGAACAAUGAGUUACGGAGUAAACUUGAGGAGGAACAUCAAAGUUACAAAUAUAAACUCCAGGCUUAUGAAGAGGAACAACAGAAACAAGCUGAACUUGCACAGAAACUUCAAGCCAAGGUGGUUGAGAUAGAAGCCAGUCGUGAAGCCCUCAGAAAGGAACUUGCUAACACUCAACGUAAGAUCGGUGAAGUUGUCAAGGAGAGCAGAAUGAAAGAGAAAGAUUACCAUAUGGCACUUGAAGACAGCCGCAGAUUUGAAAGGAAAAUGGAAGACCAAAGACGUAACUUAGAAAUCCAAUUUGAAAAUACAAAUGCUGAAAAUGAAGAAUUGAAAUUGAGGUUAAAUGGAGCUGAAGGACGAGUCAACGCCCUUGAAGCAACCCUUGCUAGACUUGAGGGUGCUAAACGUGACAUUGAAUUCAAACUUAGUAGCAUUGUGUCAAGUUUGAGAAGGACCAUUGGAUUCAGACAAGAAAUGCCAAGAGCCCGUAGUCCAGUAAGGUCCCGAUCCACCAGCCCAAGGCGAUCCAGACCAAAUUCUCCAGCUAAAGGAUUUGAGAAUACAUAUGCCACCACUACUGAAGGCCGAGGUAGUCCUAUUCAAAGAACUGAGUCACCUGAUAGAGCAGUUAGUCCAAUCAGAGUGUCAUCACUAGGUGUGUCACCUUCCAGAUUUGAAAUGGCAACUGUUGAUGUGGACCCAGAAGCUGUCAGAAUGGCUCUCCGUGACUUUGUACAACAGUUGGCUAAUGCUGAGAGAGAAAGGGAUGAUGUUCUGGCCAAUACAAAGAGUAUGGGAAUACAACUUCAGGAAUUAGAAGAUGAGAAGGGCAGAGUAGAGAGACGUUUGGAACAAUUACAGAAAUCUCUAGGAGAUGUAGAGGAAGACACGCGUGGAAUAGAUGGACGUCUUGCCAGUGCCCAGACCGCCUUGAUGCUCCAGGAGGAGACAAUUCGUCGUAAUGAAAGGGAACGCAAGAUUAUGCAAAAAAAAAUUAUUGUUUUGGAGCGCAGCCUGACCUCUGCUGAGACAGAGAAACGUGAACAGCUAGAGAAGAUUAACAAGAUGGAGGGCAGACUUGAUGAUGAUAAACGGGACUUGAGACAGGGUCUUGAAGAUGAUGAGAACAGAUGUAAUAAACUAGAACUGGCUACUACAUCUCUGGAGGAUUUUAUAAAGGUACUGACAGACAGAGUACAAAACCUUGACAGCAAAGCCCAGUCCUUACAGUUAACUGUAGAAAGACUGUCUCUCACCCUGGCUAAAACCGAUGAGGAUGGUAUUCAACAGAAAGACAAGGUACAGUCUUUGAACAUGUCCUUAUCAGGCGACAAUGCUGCCCUUAAUGAGUUACAGGAACGCAUCCAACAGUUACAAAAAGCACUCACCGGCAGUGAACAUGACCGUAGGGUACUACAAGAAAGAUUUGAUUCCACUAGACAAGCUUUGAAUGAUCAUAGGAAACAAAAUUACGACCUCCUAGAACGUGUACAGUCAUUACAGAAUGACCUUUCUGAAAGUGAAGUCAGAAGGGCAGAGGUUGAAGGUCAACUCCGUCAGAAUCAUGCUGUACUGGUAAAGAGGACAGAAACAGAACAAGAACUGAACCAGAUGGUACAGAAACUAACUCAGGAUAAACAAAACAUGCAGGACCUUAUCUCAAAUAUAUCUCGUAAUCUGUCCACUGUCGAGACACAGAAAACAGAGAUGGAGAGAACAUAUAUCAGGCUGGAGAAAGAUAAAUCUGCUCUCAGGAAAAGUUUAGAUAAGGUUGAACGUGAAAAACUGAAGACAGAAGAGAUUGCUAACACUUCAUUGAUGGAAAAGGGAUCCUUAGAUAGAUCAUUGGCUCGUCUGGACGAAGAUAAUUGUGAUCUCAAUAAACAAGUACAACAGCUCCAGGCUCAGUUAGCAGAGGCUGAGCAACAACAUGCUCAGAGGUUGAUUGAUGUAACCACAAGACAUAGAGCUGAAACAGAAAUGGAGACAGAGAGACUCCGAACUGCUCAGAUGCAAGCUGAAAAAAUGCUAGAAACAAGAGAGAGAUCAAAUAGAACUAAAAUCAAGGGUCUUGAAGAAACAGUAUGUACUUUUGUUGAGAAUGUCAAUAACAUGGUAGAUCUCCUCAAGAAUGUCAAUAAUAUGGUUGCAACAUUGAAAGACCAACUGCCCACAGAGACGAAGAAACGUCAGCUCUAUGUUUCACGUAGUGCCCGUACCGGUGAUGAAAUCCGUGAUAUUCGAUCUAUACUGGACUCUUCAUUAUCAAAUGUCACACGGGACCAGUCUCUCGAUCCACUCAUCAUGGAGACAGAAACCAGGAAACUAGACGAAUCCUUGGAAUUCCGUGGAAGUUACAGAUCACAACCAAGGCGAAGAACAAGUCCAAAUCGUUCACCAAUGAAAUAUUCUGAUAGGUUGACAUCAACACCUGCAAUGCGUCGAACCCAGAGCCCCAUAGCACUGCGUAAAAAACUAUUGAAAUAACCUGCCUAGACUUUGUAUGAGAGAUCAUGUAGCAAUAAUUUAUAGUCAUUUUGUGUGUUUGUGAAGGUCAUUCCUUUUUAUUUUUUGACAUUCCAGGGUUGUAUUUAUGAAGUAUCACAGCAUUAAAACCUUGAUUCAAGGGAGAGAAUCUUAAUUUUUUUUCAUUUUUAAGUUUUAAGAUCUGAUAACAUUUAAACAAAAUGAAAGAAAUCUUUUAUUUUAAACUUUCGUCCAGUACUUUUUUUAAAAUAAAGAUUU